AUGGACUCUAAGGCUUAUAAAAAGGCAUCAACAGUGAAUACCGGUGGAAGUGAUUGCAGUGACCGCUCGACCCCAUCGCCAACUCGGGAGUCGUCGCCACACCAGUCACUCAAAGAGAUCACUCGUCGGGUCGUCUCAGACCACGACUACGACCGCAGGGAACAGACCAUCGAGUCAUCCAUCCUGUCAUCAGUAGAUAAGACGGCGAUUAACAGCCAGUCCUUCAGCCAAUUCUUCAGUACAUUUGAUCCAUUGAUGGAAUGUAUGGACACUCAGCUCUUCGGUGGAGAGUUGCACGCAAUGGACGGGUCGACCAUUUCGAGCGCUUAUGACGACGAGUACGCCAACGCCCCCACCCCUUACAUGGGGCCCUUCGACCUCAACGAGAUCGACAUCCAAGACCUCAUCAACACCACUGCCACCACCAGCAGCGGCUGCUUCAGUCUCGAUGACAACAACAACGCUCUGCUCGACCUGAACGGCAUUAUCUUCAGCGACAAUGAGGUGACGAUCGGCGCCGACGUACCGCUCGCUACCGUCGCCACCGCUGCGACCGUCAAACGGGUUGUCGUCAAACACGAGGCCAACGAUUACGAGACGAAGAAAGCGGUGAAUGAGUUGAAGAGAGCCGCCCGUAAGCGCCACAUAUCGGCCGAGACCUACGCCUACGACGAAUCCGACGACAGCGGAUCGGACGACGAGUCGUUUGUGGCGCCCAAUGAGCCGAAGGGUAAGGCGAAAGUGGGGCGCAAGCCGUCGAAAGGGGGCAACAAAUGUAUGUCCCGUAACGCGAUCGCCGCGCGAGAGAACCGCGAGAAGAAGAAGCGCGAGAACGAGGAGAUGAGGCGCCGGAUGAACGCCAUGAGCGCUGAGCUGAAGGAGACGAAGGCGCUGUACGAGCGCGCGAACCACGACAUCCAAGAGCUGCGCAACGAGAACCGCUACCUCCGCGGCGUCAUCGAGAAUGACUCGGCUAUAGGCGCUCUCAUCAAACACAUCUCGGGUACGCCGAAACUGGAGUUCGUGGGCACGCACUUCGUGGGUGAGGCGCCCGGCCAUUACGGGAAGGGAGGCGGCGAUAAGAGCCCCGGUAUUCUGGGGGCGGCCGUCGACGACAAGUCGCUGCGCAAGUCGACGAGAAUCGCGCAGAAAGUGGAGUCGUCGGGCAUUUGCCUUCACGUCAAUAACAACCGGAUGUCUGUGGAGUUGUGCCAC